UAAUAAUAAUAACAAUAAUAAUAAAUAAAUAAAUAAAAAAGAUGAGAAAACUCGCAGCAACACCAACAGUUUUGUGAGUGUGGAUAGCUGAUUUGGUGGUUCUAAACUGCUCAACUAUACAUUUUUUCUUAAGCAAUCUUCAUUCUUGAAAGCUGCAAGACAGAGCUUUGGAAGUUUCUGAAAGCAAUAGGUUGGAGUUGAAAGUGUUGAUAAUCAUUGGUAAAUUUGAUGGUAUAGUAGUAAUGGCUACUGCAGCAGUUAUUGGACUGAGUGGAGGAAAGAGGCUAUUGAGUUCAUCUUACCAUUACUCAGAUAUUGUAGAAAAGUUUUCUCAUACCUCUGACUUUUCCUCCACACAGUAUCACCUUCCUCCUUCAAGAACUAUAAUAGUUGCAAAGAAAUCAUCAAAAUACACUCCAACUUUUCCACCAUCUGAAAGGCAGAAUCACUCCAUCAAAGCUCUUAAGGAACAUGUUGUUGAUUCAGAACAAUGCUUUCAGGGAUACACUUCUUCUGUUGACGUUGAUUCAGAACAAUGCUUUCAGGGAUACACUUCUUCUGCUGACGUUGAUUCAGAACAAUGCUUUCAGGGAUACACUUCUUCUAUUGACGUUGAUUCAGAACAAUGCUUUCAGGGAUACACUUCUAUUGACUUAGACGUGGGAAAUUAUUCUUUGGAGGCUCUUCUUUUGCUUCAGAAGUCAAUGCUGGAAAAGCAAUGGGGUCUUUCUUUUGAAAGGGAAGUGUUAACCCAUAAUUCUAGGAGGGAAAAAAUCCGGAGGAAGGUGCCAGUCACUUCUUCUGGUGUGUCUGCAAGGCAAAGAAGAAUGAAUAUCAAGAGGAAGAUCACUACUAAAACUGCUUCUGCAACGAUGCAGCUGAGGUCCACAAUCAGUCCGGACCUGAUUCAAAACCGUUUCAAGGGAUAUGUGAAAGGUGUAGUGAGUAAGGAAUUGCUCUCUCAUGCUCAAGUUGUAAAGCUAUCUGGGAAAAUAAAAGCUGGCCUUUCCAUAGAUGAGCAUAGAUCCAGACUGAAGGAAAGAUUAGGAUGUGAACCUUCUGAUGAUCAAGUUGCAACUUCGUUGAAGAUUUCCCGCCCUGAACUACGAGCUAAAAUAAUAGAGUGCUCUUUAGCAAGAGAAAAGUUGACUAUGAGCAAUGUUCGUUUAGUUAUGUCCAUUGCGCAAAGAUAUGAUAAUAUGGGAGCUGAAAUGGCUGACCUUGUCCAGGGUGGUUUAAUUGGACUACUUCGCGGGAUUGAAAAAUUCGACCCUUCAAAAGGGUUCAAGAUUUCAACUUAUGUUUAUUGGUGGAUACGGCAGGGUGUUUCAAGAGCUCUAGUUGAGAACUCAAGAACAUUAAGAUUGCCAAAACAUUUGCAUGAGAGGUUAUCUUUGAUCCGCAGUGCCCAGAAUAGACUCGAAGAGAGAGGAGUCACUCCAACUAUUGAUAAAAUUGCAAAAUACCUUAAUAUGUCUCAAAGGAAAGUUAAAAAUGCUACCGAGGCUAUCAGCAAAGUUUUCUCCCUUGAUAGGGAGCCAUUCCCCUCUCUGAAUGGUCUUCCAGGAGACACUCAUCAUAGUUACAUUGCAGAUAAACAACUUGAGAACAUCCCAUGGAAUGGAGUAGAUGAGUGGGCUCUAAAGGAGGAAGUGAACAGACUCAUUAAUGCGACCCUUGUGGAACGAGAGAGAGAAAUUGUUCGUCUUUAUUAUGGACUGGAUAAAGAGUGUCUUACGUGGGAAGACAUAAGUAAACGGAUAGGUUUGUCGAGAGAAAGAGUAAGACAAGUUGGACUUGUUGCAUUGGAGAAACUAAAACAUGCCGCCAGGAAGAGGGAGAUGGAAGCCAUGCUUUUGAAGCAUUGAUAUGAUGGACUCAUCACAGAGACAUGUAUAUAUACAGAACAGAAAGGAAGCAUGUACACCUAAAAAUUUGACUUCCUGAUAAAAAUAGAGGAAAGAGGACGAUAUAAGGGAACAUUGAAGGUUUAUAAAUCUCCUAAAUAAAUUGUCUUUUGGAGUAAUUAUGUUUUAUCAAAUAUAUGUUGAAGGAUUAAUUAUAUAGUUCUCAACUUUCCAUUUCAAAAUUACGAGGUGACUGUUUCUUAGGAAGACUUGUAUUGUAUCUAGAGUUUCAUGAGCCAGUUCCAACUAUGUUUAGCAUUUAACAUUUA